GUAGCUCUCAUUUUGCUGUAGCAACGAGCGUUGCCAAGUACUCCAUGAAGGUUUGCUAAUCACAAAAGGUGUGUUUACAUCAGAGAAAGGAAGAUGGCAAAACUCGUCCAGGGACCAACUCGUUUCACACAUCCUGAGUGGACAACAUCUAAUUUGACACACUAUGCAAAUGCAGAAUCAGAGCGAGCUGCAGCUGAAAGGCUGGUAGAGGAGUCAAAGCGUUUAUCUGACGAAACAGAAAAACGCACUGAAAAGACACAGAGAGAUGUCAACAAAAAGCUUGAGCAGAGAAUUGAUGACAUCAAAUACUGGAAGAAGGAACUGGAUGAUAAGCUAUGUGCCCUGGUAACAGAAAUUGAUAAUCUUAUUGCUUUCAAGGCCAGAGUAGAAAAGGCAUUGGAGGCUACUGCUGAACCCCUUCACAUAGCUAAGCAAUGCUUACUAAACAGAGAGAAGAGGACCUCCAUUGACUUAGUCCAUGAUGAUGUACAAAAGGAACUGAUCAAAGAGGUAGAAACAAUAGAAGGUGUGCAGGCCCUCCUCAACCGAACUCUAGAACAAACCACUGAACAAAUCAGAUUAAACAGAAAAGCUAAAUAUGAACUAGAAAAAGAUUUGAAGGAUAAAUUUGGAGCUUUAUCAAUUGAUGAAUACUGUGCAGAAUUACGAAACAAUUCAGCAGGAUUAAAAUUCAAAGACGGCGCUGCAAAAAUUGAAGCCAAUUCUGUGUGCCCAGAGGACUGGAAGGAUUUCUCUGAUGCAAACAUCCAGAAAGCCGAGAGAGAACGCCAGAGUUCUGUAGAGCUUAGGACCUUGAUUGAUGGAAUCCUACAACAGACCUCCAAUGAUAUGCGCAAACAGUGCAGUGAGGUUAAUGUGGCCUUCAACAAGAGGAUUUCUGAAACAAAAGACACCAAGAGCAAGCUGGAAGACCAUCUUAACAAAAUUGUUGCACAAAUUAAGGAAAUUGAGGAGAACAUUGCCCGUCUGAAGAAAGCCAUUGAUGACAAAGUUCUGCCAAUGCAGCUCUCUCAGACCAGACUGGACACGAGGACAAACCGCCCUAAUGUGGAGCUGUGUAGGGACCCCGUCCAGUACAGGCUCAUCGAGGAGGUGGGUGAGAUCGAGUCCUCCGUGGCUCAGCUACAAGACAGGCUCAAACAGACAGAGGACUCGCUCAAGGGACUGAUCCGCAACCAGCUGGCUCUGGAGGAAGACAUAGGGGUCAAGGCCAACACACUGUUUAUUGAUGAUGUGGAGUGUAUGGGAAUGAGAAAGAGCAUCAACAUUCAGAACUUCUAACACUGCCCUACACCUAACACAGUAUACCUGUCAGAAAAAUCUUAGUUGUCAAGUACUAAAUAAAUGAUUAUCAAGAAGAAACAGGACACUGUUAAGUAAUUCAGGACAGUAUAUUUAUAGGGAUUCUAAUUGUUGCAAGAGAACACUAGUAUGUGCCUGCCUAUACACAGAGUACAAAACACUUUUUCAUAUCAUUGUUUUCAUUUUGAUCUACAUACAAAAUGGACUUAUAAUUGUUUUUGUUUUUUCCCCCAAAGUAUUAAAUAUAUUUCAUUGUUUUAUAGAUAAUAUUCUAUAUUACAACAUGUAAUGUCAGAUGAAAAAUGAAAUAAAGUUGUAUGUAUGAACAAAA